CUUUUGAUUUCUAGUAGCGUGGCAUAGUACACGCGUGCAGUGCCGCUUCAACGUUGGCCAACACACCACUGAGGCCUGAGCUGCUGACCGGAGUCGAUGAUCUCACGCACGGUACAACCCUCACAACUAGUUCGCUCGCGUUGCCAGUCAGCGCUUUCACAUACGAGAGGAGUUGCCUGCUGGCUGGCUGGUGCCGUGUCGUGCCGUGCUCUGGUUCGGAUGUUACCCAAGUGAACUGUAUUUUCGCAAAAGUGUUUAGGCGUGCCUCGCGGGUCGCGUCUCAUCGGAAUGGGACAUGUACUUUUCUACUAGCUUCUUUGGAGUGCGUGCCUGUGUAAAUAAUGAUAUCAUACACCAGCAAGUCAUAUCGAACAGAAUGAUAUUCUUGAAACCGUGUUUGAAUCGACAGGAAAAUUGAAGGUAGCGAACCAAUCGGUGUUUGUGUUUAACUAGACAAAAUAAGCAUUCAGAAGUGUGAAUUGAGAUAUGUUAUCUGUGAAGGCAAAAAAUUACGUAUUUGGGUGUUUUCAAUCGGAAUACCUGAACUAGGAGUAAGAAGAUUUCAAGUGAGUCUGCGUACUGUGAAAAUGUAAUGCAAGCUAGAUCAUGAAAAAAUAAACAAACGUCGUUGAACAGAAUGCUGUCAGUCAGGCAUAAGGCGUAAAAUGUGAUAACUUUAUCCAAGGAAUCGUCAUAAAACAGCACUACAUUUAACUUUGCUCAAUUGCUUCGAAAAUACUAUUAGUUUCAAACUAGCCAACCUAACAUCUUUUGCGGUAACAAAACGAGGUAGCAGAAAAAUGACUCAUCAUAAGCGAUUUCAUUUCGCGGUCAGAUGGGAAUUACACCGUCAAUUAAGUGCUUCGAUGCAUUAGAUUAUUAAUUUGUAUAGUGAAGAAUCAGUCGAUCAUUUUUGAAUUACCGAAUUGCUUUCUCAUAGUUCCAUUACUGAACCAAUAAGAAACCUAAAACUAAAAUAGUUUGUCCUGUCCAGCAAAAAAUAAACACCGAUUAAAUAAUUUCUAAUCAAUCGCCCACGAGUGAUGCCACUGAUAGUGACGCACACAGUUGAGAUUAUAUUCACGGAUACAGUGAAGGUUUAUUUAACCUAAACUCGGGAAACAUCGCCUUCGCUCUAUAUUCGCGAAUCGGUGUGGAAUCGCGUUGGUGGGUGAUGCAAAAUUUCGCUAGCAAACGUUCGCUAUUUCGCAGUUUCCUCUCCAUUAGUUUGUCCGGUGUCGAAUGUAGGAAGAGCUGCAGCACAGUUGUGCGCACUCCAUACGUAGGUAUGUGCAAAUUUACCGGGGUAAUUACGCUAACAAGCCAAAUACGAAGUAAACAGCCAAGACAAGUCAGCAAAAAGUGAUGUGUGAUUUGAACAUAUAGGUCUACCUAACGUGUGUAGUGAGCGAGGGUCAAACAACACGAGUAGUGCAACACGAAAGUAAUCAGAUCUCCGUGCGCUGGUGCUGGGUGAAAUCGCGGGCGAAACUUCAGGUUGUAAACUAUCACGACAUCAGGAAUCACUACAGAGCAUACUUUCCCAAGCUUAUCAACAGGAGAGGAACCAAUCUGUGAGUUCGUAUUGUUUCAUACCCUAUCGAAGAUCAAUCAUCAACCGGUCAUGGAAAUAACACUGUCGGUGGACGAAGAGAAUGCCCUGACGCUCUACGAAGAGCUUGAAAGGACGGACAUUAACAUCCUCAACUUGAACGUUGACUGUUGCUGCGGAUUACUACGGACAUCCCCCUUCCACCAGCAGAAAUCUAAAUCCAAUUCCCGGGAAAAGCUCCGGACAGACUCCGGAGUGUCCUGUGAGGAUGAAAAACAUGCCGACGAUUGUUCACAGACUUUAGAGCACAACACUGACGACGACUGCCAAGGCGCGAGCGACCACGAGUCCGGUUGCCUUCGUCAUAGCCAUGAACACCUUUGGCACAACCAAUCGGAACAACAAUCCGGUUCCCGUAGCAAAUCUAGUCUUAAGCGGCGGGACAACCGGUACCAGAAUUUCAGCCUGCUGCAGUCUAACAUUCUGAACAGCUUUCAGCUACAGAACUUCCGGCGAAAAAACAGCAGUCCGUACGAUUCGGCCAAUUCAUCCGGACAAACCAGUUACAGCUCUACUACCUCCAGCAUGAUCGAGGAUAUCUCCGAUAAAAUCGAGGAAAUAGGAAAAUUGGAUACCAACAUUCAUUCGCUAAUGUACAAAUCCGUUGAGGUGCAUAACGACAUUUUGUCACUGGAAGCAACCACCAAUCGAUUGCUAGCGGACACCCGAAAACUAUCCGAAGACCUCGAUGACGUUCGUUACCUGGACGACUUGAUAACAAUUCUCAAUGGCGACAUUGGUCCAGUGAUUCACCGUGAAUGGCCCUACCGUAUCCUGUUCGAUACUCCAAUAGAGGAAGGAACUGCCGUUACGUGAUCGCUAGACUGCAGUGGAAAUUUUGCGAAUAUUAAACACAAUUCAGCGUGUUGGUGAAAAAUGAACGAAAAAGCAAUAAGAAGUUACCAAAACAGUCAAACUACUUCUACUAUGUAUCAGUAACUAUCCAAUGUAGCCAAAGAACUCUAGCAGGGACAGCAACAGGUAAACAGUCAAGACAUUUCUACAUCAAAUAUGUGAAUACAUUGAUAAACUAAU